CAAAGAUGCAGGUCAUUAAGAACUAUACUGGAAUACCACCCCCAGCUCUUCACGAAGGACCGCCGUUACACAUCCAGCCAGGGGAUACGGUUGAACUUCUGAGAGGUGAUGCACACAGUCUGUUUUGGCAGGGUAGAAAUUUAGCAUCUGGAGAGGUUGGAUUUUUUCCAAGUGAUGCUGUCAAGCCUUGCCCAUGUGUCCCUAAACCAGUAGAUUAUUCUUGCCAGCCCUGGUAUGCUGGAGCAAUGGAAAGAUUGCAGGCAGAGACUGAACUUAUUAAUAGGGUAAAUAGUACUUACCUUGUGAGGCACAGGACCAAAGAGUCAGGAGAAUAUGCAAUUAGCAUUAAGUACAAUAAUGAAGCAAAGCACAUCAAGAUUUUAACAAGAGAUGGUUUUUUUCACAUUGCAGAAAAUAGAAAAUUUAAAAGUUUAAUGGAACUUGUGGAGUACUAUAAGCAUCAUUCUCUUAAGGAAGGNUUGACCCCUUCUUUGUUCUGUGGCUUUUCUUUUGUAACUCCUCCAGACUACAGCUUUGUUCCCCCUUCUUCCACUCCUUUCUGGUCAGUGUUAAGUCCGAAAGUGCUGGGCAUUGCUGUCGCACGAUACGACUUCUGUGCGAGAGAUAUGCGAGAAUUGUCCUUGUUGAAAGGAGAUGUGGUGAAGAUUUACACCAAGAUGAGUGCAAAUGGCUGGUGGAGAGGAGAAGUGAAUGGCAGGGUGGGCUGGUUUCCAUCCACGUAUGUGGAGAUGGAUGAAUAAAUUCCAAUUCAGCGUUGCACCGUGCACCAAAAAUUUCAGAGAAGGGAUGAAGAGAAGCCUGCACAGCAUUAUGAAUUAACUGAAGUGUUUAAAAAGCUGCAUUUCUGGCUGUUCAACAUCCUUCCUUCUUUACCCCUCCUAAGUCUUAAUGCUGGGAUUUCUAAAGAUGCUGGUACUGACAGAUUAAUGGUUUGCCUAGAGCUGUGCAAGAAACAGCGUGCCAGCCUCCUCAUUGUCAGGGACCAGGGCAAAGCCAAAAGCCUUUCUUCCCAGAAGGGCCCUGCAAACAUGUUGGUUCGUGUUUCUCUUUACUUCAUCCGGUCAUACACCGUGAAUGCCAGUCUAAACGUUUUGCCAUAAACAUUUGAUGCAUAUUUACUUUAAUCUUUCAUGCCAUUCACCAGAAUUUUUGAUGGUACAAAGAAGCAGAAGUUUAAUUUUGCUUUUCCCAGCAUGAAGAAAAAUCAGAGUUCCACCAUUUUGGCUGCUUACUGGAAACAUCCAGAAUUACCUGUCUUAAAUUGUCCAACAAGGUGACUCAUUGCCUGGCAAACACUUGUACCCCCAGAUGUUACUUAUGAUAAAAUAUGAGACAAGUGCUCAGGUUUGCAUCAUAAGUGGUAUAUCACAGAAGGGUUUUAAUUAUUUAUUUGAUGUCCUGAUUAUACAAAAGGUCUUCAAAAAGUU